GAUGGCAAAUGAUUAGACUAAUAUAAUCCAGUGGAAUAGCUAAUACGGAUUCAGUAUGAUAUUAUCCGUUUAACGAAGCCAUCGGUCCGAUUUCUACCAGCAUUCGUUUGUUACAUUGCCACACCGAUCGCAUUGCCACUUACUAAGAAUGGCCUUCAUUCGUUUCUUCGUCAUAGCAGUUUUGAUUUCAAACUGCGCUGCUGAUUUAAUCGACAAAGACAUCGAUUAUGCCGUUAGUGCGCAAUGGUCAAAGUUUAUGGCUCGACUGACGAGAACGCUAGGCCAUCAACAACCCAAAGAACGUGAACUGAAUUUGCCCGAAGAAAGGCCUACUGUCGAUGAACGACAAGACGCUGCUGACAACACGGCGAGCGAUGGAACUAAAGCCUCUAGCAGUACCGAUGUUAAAGCCAGCAGGAGCAGUAGCAGUAGCAGCAGUAGCAGUAGCAGUAGCGGUAGCGUAGCAAUAGCAACAACAAUAGUAAUACUAGCAGUAGCAGCACAGGCGGUUCGAGCAGUAGCAGUAGCAGCAGUAGCAGCAGUAGCAGUGGCUAGAAACAUGUCAACAAGAUCAUGCAAUAAAUGAUUCGCUCGAUUUUGUAUAAUCUUGCAUGAUAAUAAAGUUAAAUGAACUUUA